GCUUGUAGUAAUCCUCCGAGCAGCGUGAAUCAUAGCCACUGGGCUGACUUGGGUUCACGUCCUGGCCCUGCAGUUCCUUGCUGUGUGACCUGGGACCUGCCACUCUCAUCCAUAAUGUUGGGAGAAUUUUUACCUUUCUCCCCAGGUAGUUGUGAGGAGUCACUGAGAUGCAUGUGUACUCAGUGCCCACUGAGUAUGUAACAUUCGACAGGAGCUGCUGCACGGGCAUUGGAAUCAGGGAGAACUUUUUUUUGAAUCCCGGUAAAGCCACUUGCUAGAUGUGGCAUUUGGCAAAUGACUGCACCUGGAUAAGUCGGUUUUUUCAUCGAUUAAAAUGGAGUUAAUAAUAGUCCUCACUCAUGGGGAGGCUGUGAGGCGUGAGCAUGAUCUCCAGCUCUGGUCCUGGUCCAUAGUUAGUGCUUGGGGUGUGAGAUGUUCUGUCUGACUUAUUGAAGCCUCUCCAUGCCCUGCUCUUUGACAGAUGCUGGUUGUGUUGUCUUUGUCCAGCAGUAAAAUUCAGAAGGGAAAGUGGAUCUUAGGGAGUUAAGACAUCACUUAAGAGUGAUGUCUGUGGUCCUGUUCGUCAGUAAGAGAUGCAGCUGAAGCCAGAGAAGGGCAGGAUGAACCUUAGCUGGAGACAGAGAAGAGAGUCUCACAUGUGGAUGAGACUUCUCAAAGCUUCACAAAGCAGGUGGCAGCCAAGCAGAGUGAAGGAGAGCUUGCUGGAAGGACAGGAGGAGAUAAGCCUUCCAGGCACAGGCUCCAGGGAGCAGCAUCAGGGCCAGGGAGACAAUGGUCUCGGUGACUAUGGCCACUUCCGAGUGGAUCCAGUUCUUUAAGGAAGCCGGCAUUCCUCCGGGACCUGCGGUCAAUUACGCCGUGAUGUUUGUGGAUAACAGGAUCCAGAAGAGCAUGCUGCUGGAUCUCAACAAGGAAAUCAUGAAUGAGCUGGGCGUGACUGUGGUGGGCGACAUCAUUGCCAUCCUCAAGCAUGCCAAGGUGGUGCACCGCCAGGACAUGUGCAAAGCCGCCACUGAGUCUGUGCCCUGCAGCCCCAGCCCCGUCCCAGGCGAGGUUCGCCGAGGCCCCUGUAGCGCCGCCUCCCGAAUGAUCGCCAACAGCCUGAACCGCGACUCCCCACCCGGCACUCCCCCAAGGCGGCCAGACACCAGCACCUCCAAGAUCUCAGUCACCGUGUCCAACAAGAUAGCAGCCAAAAGUGCCAAGGCCGCCGCAGCCCUGGCCCGCCGGGAAGAGGAGAGCCUGGCUGUUCCUACCAAGCGGCGCCGGGUGACUGCCGAGAUGGAGGGGAAGUACAUCAUCAACAUGCCCAAAGGCACCACCCCGCGGACCCGCAAGAUCCUGGAGCAGCAGCAGCAGGCGGCGAAAGGUCUCCACAGGACGUCCGUAUUUGACCGCCUCGGCGCCGAGACCAAGGCUGACACAACGACGGGGAAUAAACCCACAGGAGUCUUCAGCCGCCUGGGGGCCACCCCAGAGAUGGACGAGGAUCUGGCUUGGGACAGCGACAAUGACAGCAGCAGCUCUGUCCUGCAGUAUGCUGGGGUCCUGAAGAAGCUCGGCCGGGGCCCAGCCAAGGCCAGUCCCCAGCCGGCGCUGACUGUCAAGGCCAAGGCCACGAGCUCGGCGACGACGGCCGCCGCCCCGACGCUGCGGCGCCUGGCCCUCUCCUCACGCCCCGGGCUCGAGAGGAAGCCGGAGUCCCUGUCCAAAGUCAGCAUUAUCCAGAGACUGGGCAAGUCUGCCCUUGUGCCCGAGGCCCAGGACAGCCAGGUCACGAGCACCAAGAGUAAGUCCUCGGCUGAGGUCAAGGUCACCAUUAAGAGGACCCUGGUGGGGCCCCGGGGGAGCAGCUCCAGCGAGGGCCUUGGUGCCCAGAUGGACCAUGCGGGCACUGUGAGCGUGUUCAAAAGACUGGGCCGCAGGACCUAGCCCCGGGCUGGGCGCAGGCCCCUCUCCAGGCAGAGGCUUCAGCAAGGGCGCCCGCCCCUCUGCCAGCUUCUGGUCGACACUGCUUGUCUCCCUCAGGCGUUCGAGCCGGGCCGAGCUCUCCGGGGAUUCACCCCGUUCUUCUCAGUGCGAGAUGGUCGUGGUGGCCUGGCCUUGCCGCUCUGGGGCUCUCCCUGCUCUCAUGUCCUAGUUCUGUCCUCUCUGACUGCGGCCUUGGUGGGACCCCCUCGCCACCUCUCCCAAGUGCCCAGUGCCCUUGUCCUCUCCUGACCCCUUCCUCCCUCUCAGCAGCAGCUGCUGCCUCAACCCCAGCUCCUCGCCUCCCAGUUCCCUAGAGUGGGUGUCCCCUGGAGGGGCCCCCGUACCUCCCCCACCGCCAACUCCCAUCCCUCUGCCUACUCCUCUGCCCCCCCCCACUGCUUUAACUUCUGUCUCCCCCUCUCUUCUCUCUGUUCAUUUCUCUUCUGUUUUCUGUCCCCGUGGCAAGGCCCGACUGUCCGCUGCGUCCUGCCUGACACUCCUGCACCGCCGGCCUCCCUGCGGCCCCCUCGUCGACGGUGGCGUCGAGCCUGUUGAGAC